AUGGCGCAGCCAUCAUCUUCCACCAAUAACAUAGCAGACAAUGUGGAAGAAUCUCGAGCGGCCUUGCAGCGCUGUCCCCCUGGCCACUCUCGUCGAUCCGUGUGUCUCUUUAAUCUUGCCGUAGACCUUCACAACAGAUUCCAGCAGCAAGGUGUCCCGUCUGACCUUGACGAGGCCAUCAAGCUCCAUAAGGCUGCACUACUCCUCCGUCCCACCGGUCAUUCUCUUCGAUCUGCAUCUCUCAUCAAUCUUGCAAUCAGUAUCUUCCACAGAUUUGAGCAGCAGGGCAAUCUGUCUGACCUUGAUGAAACCAUUGAGCUCCAUAAGUCUGCACUACUCCUCCGUCCACUCGGUCAUUCUCUUCGAUCCUCAUCUCUCACCGAUCUUGCUGUUAGCAUCUUCCACAGAUUCAAGCACUCGGGUAUUGAACCUGACCUUGAUGAGGCCAUUGAGCUCCAUCGUGCUGCACUACUCCUCCGUCCUCCUGAUCAUCCUGAUCGAUCCACGUCUCUCAACGCUCUUUCCAUCAGCCUUCAACAUAGAUUCAAACGACGGGGUGUUCUGUCUGACGUCGAUGAGGCCAUUGAGAUCCAACGGGAUGUACUACUCUUGUGUCACUCUGGUCAUUCCGAUCCAUCUAUGUCUCUCAAUAACCUUGGUGUCAGCCUUCUCAACAGAUUCCAGCAGCAGGGUGUCCUGUCUGACCUUCAUGAGGCCAUUGAGCUCCAUCGGGCCACAUUACUCCUCCGUCCCCUCGGUCAUUCUGAACGAUCCACGUCUCUCAACAAUCUUGCUGAUAGCCUGCGAGCCAGAUUCCAGCUGCGGGGUGGCCUGUUUGACCUUGAUGAAGCCAUUGAGCUCCAUCGGGCUGCACUACCCCUCCGUCCCCUUGAUCAUUCUGAGCGAUGCACGUCUCUCAUUGGGCUUGCCAUCAGCCUUCAUGACCGAUUCGAGCUGAUGGGAGUCCUGUCCGAUCUCAAUGAGGCCAUUGAUUGUCAUCGGGAUGUACUACUCCUUCGUCCCCCUGGUCACUCUCUUCAAUCCUCAUCUCUCAACAAUCUUGCCAUCAGCCUUCACGACCGGUUCGAGCAGCGGGGAGUCCUGUCUGAUCUCAAUGAGGCCAUUUAUCUUCAUCGGGCCGCACUACUCCUCCGUCCCUCUGGCCAUUCUGAUCAAUCCACGUCUCUCAAUGGGCUUUCCAUCAGUCUUCAUGACCAAUUCAAGCAGCGGGGAGUCCUGUUAUAUCUCGAUGAGGCCAUUGAGCUCCGUCGAGCCGCACUACUCCUCCGUCCCCCCGGUCAUUCUCUUCGAUUAUCGUCUCUCAACAAUCUUGCCAUCAGCCUCCUCCGCAGAUUUGAGCUGCGGGGCAUCCCAUCUGACUUCGAUGAGGCCAUUGAGCAUUAUCGGGCUGCAAUACUACUCCGUCCCCCUGAUCAAUCCACGUUUCUCAAUAGGCUUGCCCUCAGCCUUCGAGAUAGAUUCCACCAGCGGGGCGUCUGA